GGAUUGUCCGGAGGUCGUGGUAGCCGGGGGACCAGAGACACUUGGAGCAGUCGGCCCCGAGCUGGAGACCCCCGUGCCCAGUGCGAUGAUUGUAGGUGACGUCGAGCGUCGAUAAGCGAACCUGCGAGGCGCGACGAUGGCGACGGGCAAGCGACGUAGCAUCCACACGUCGUCCGGGAACGCCGGCGCGUCCGGCUACCCGAGCAAUGGGCCGCGCUCGAGCCGGAUGAACUUCCGGCCCAGCGGGGCGCAACAGGAGGACCGCGGCGGCACCCGACCGACCGCGGCUCCGAGCUCGAUCGGCCUCAUCCUGGUCACCAUGCUGCUCCACGUGUGCAAGAAGUCGCUGCUGUUCGACACGCGGCUCAAGGUGGCCAUCUACUGCGGCACGAUAUUCACCGUCUCCCUGAUCGCGGACUUCGUCGCGAUGCCGCGCACCUACUUCUCCAGGUCCGACAACGCCCUGAAUCAGUACUUCGUCAAGUGGGGCUGGGGCUGGCUGCUGUCCAUCCUCGUGCCCUGGGUCGUCCUCACGGCGCACACGCUGGGCUGUGGCCGCCGGCCGCUUCUGCUCAAGCACCUGGCCCGCGUCGUGCUCGCCACCGCCGCCUGGCUCGUCUGGACAAAGCUGUUCAACUACAUCGAGACCAACUACGGCAGGUGCCUGGGCACCCGCGACAUCCUGAUGCAGUCCAAGGCCAAGUGCCUGCAGUCUGGUAGGUUCUGGAGCGGCCUCGACAUAUCCGGGCACACAUUCAUCCUGAUCUACUCGAGCCUGAUCCUCGCCGAGGAAGGCUCCUCCCUGGUGGGGUGGGAGGGCAUCAAGGACCUGGUAAUGCGGGAGGAGCACACGCGAUCCGUGCCGACCGAGAUCAGCACCGGCCCGUUGCGAAAUCUCUCCGACGGCGACCUGGAGUUCCUGAAGAAGGCGCACCGGGCGCUCACGCCGUAUCUACGCGGCCUCUUCGUGGCGAUGACGUUGCAGCAGCUGCUGUGGGACAUCAUGCUGGUGUCGACGAUGCUCUACUAUCACAUCAUGAUCGAGAAGUUCCUGGGCGGCGUGGCCGCCGUCGUUACGUGGUACGUCACGUACCAAUGGUGGUACAAACUGCCCAAGAUCGGCCUGCCGGCGCCCGGCGACGGCCUCUUCAAGUACAACGAGGUGAAGGCGAAUCCGGAGAUGACCGCCAGGGUGCGACGCAGCACAUUGAACGGCGCCAAUCAGCCGAGGUUCAUGGGAAUGCCGAUCAGAACGAUGCAAGAGACCGCGGAGCCGAGCCCGUCGUCCAGACAGGCGGACCUCGACGUGCCUGCUUCGAGGGGGUAGAGACGCAUCGCCCUCGACAAACUGAUCGCUCUCACCGUCGGGGAUUCGCAUCCCCUUGGUAGUUAAACGCCUCACGAUCGCGCAGCGUGGACCAUCUUUUACACAGGGACCGAGUACUCGGAGAAUAUCUAGAUAUAUGUUUCACAAAGAAAUUUCCAAUUCGAUACUUAAUUUUUAAUUCGACACUUGAACAACUGAAGCGUCGCAUCGAGGACGGAUGUAACAUGUAUGGUAUUUAAUUAAGUGUCCAAACAUAGGUCUCCUUAAUAUGCUUGAGUACAAAGGUCGAGUCGAACGUAAGAAUUAUAAUGUCGUCUGUGAAGGUUGCCUUCCUUUGGCUUCCUACUCGUAAGCAAAAAGGAUUACAGGCACCCGCGUAUGCACUGGGACAUUGUCGACUUGGGGUCAACGCGGAGAAUCGAGCUGCUCGAAGCAGCUUCCAAGUUAUUUAAACUGCUUUUAAGUUAUUUAUAAUAGAAUGAUAAAUGGGAAUGUACGCCCUGUUUUUCUGGUUGUUGGAUUGUUGUUAAGAAAAAAGACACGCUUAUUGUUACUUCUGCUUAACGUUUAAAGUCGGUGUCUUCGGUUACACACUUCUGAUUUUUGUUUUGUAACUUAUAUUUAAUAAAGUCUGUUAUUAACAAA